UUAGGACCUCUUGUCAGUAAAUAUGAGAAAACUGAAUGAGUUAGGUUUAGGUUACUUUGUAACGCACAUAUGUCUUACGUACAUGUACUACGUGAAAUGUGCACAGUUAUAUACGCCUUAGGCCUAACACUAAGUAACACAACCGUGUUAUGUCUGAUGUUCUAAAUAUGUUUACAACCGAUGUUGUCAUGACUGAAUUACCUGUACAUUUGUGACAUGGAGUAUGGAAUUCGUACAUAAUAUAUAUAUAUACUUGGGACUUAUCGGGACCAUAUCAUUUAUAUUGUUCUCAUUAAUCAUAGUAGUUGUAAUAUUCCUUUAUGCAUUUGUAGUGUGCAUAUAUUGCCCUCAAAAAUCACCUCUUUUCAAAUUUGGGAAAAGAUUUCUGAUUGUAAUUGCACAUCCCGACGAUGAAUGCAUGUUUUUUGCUCCUGCCAUUCAACAGAUAAAAUCAGCUUUUUCAAGACAUCCAGAAAAUUUUACAGAUAUUUAUAUUUUGUGUUUAUCCAUAGGUGAUUUCUAUAAACAAGGUAACAUCAGGAAGAAGGAAUUAAUACAGAGCUGCAGCAUACUGGGAGUGCCUUCAGGAAACGUUUUUGUUAUUCAACAUACCAAGAUGCCGGACAGUCCUCACUGUGUUUGGAGGGAUGACCUGGUAGGAAGGAUCAUUCUCAAAUACACAAACAUGCUAUCUGUAGAUGUUGUGAUCUCUUUUGACGAACGUGGAGUCAGUGGACAUCCGAACCACAUAUCUCUAUUUAACGGAUUGAGUUAUCUAACAGAUGAAGACCUAGUACCUGUAGGCUGCAGGUUUCUUCUACUGAAAACAGUGAAUAAGCUGAGAAAGUAUUGUAGUGUUUUUGAUUUCCCACUCAGUGUCUGUGAAGAUGGUUGCGUCUUAAUUUCAUGCCCCCUUUACAUUCUGCGCGCCCAGAGAGCAAUGAGAGCCCACUCUAGCCAGCUAGUGUGGUUCAGAUGGCUGUACAUCUUUUUCUCUCGUUACAUGAUUAUCAACAGUCUCGUUGAACUGAAGAAGAAGAAUAAAACAGAUUAGCCAUACAA